AUAAUCAAUCUACUACUGGCUCUACUUACAAACACUACCCUAGCAUCACUCCUCGUACUAAUUGCAUUUUGAUUACCCCAAUUAAAUGUUUACGCAGAAAAAACAAGCCCUUAUGAGUGUGGCUUCGACCCCAUAGGAUCUGCCCGCCUACCUUUUUCCAUAAAAUUUUUUCUGAUUGCUAUUACAUUCCUUCUAUUUGACCUAGAAAUUGCCCUCCUCUUACCACUUCCCUGGGCAACCCAAACAAAUUAUUUACACACUAUACUAAUUAUAGCCCUCCUUCUCAUUUCACUAUUAGCAAUUAGUCUCGCCUACGAGUGAACUCAACAAGGACUAGAAUGAACUGAAU